ACCCGUGAAGACAGAGAGGAAUGUGCCCGCUCACCAAAAUUUACCCGUGAAGACAGAGAGGAAUGUGCCCGCUCACCAAAAUUUACCCGAGAAGACAGAGAGGAAUGUGCCCGCUCACCAAAAUAUACCCGUGAAGACAGAGAGGAACGUGCGUUCAAAAAAAAAGACAAAGAGGAACGUGCCCGCUCACCAAAAUUUACCCGUGAAGACAGAGAGGAACGUGUCCGGUCGUCAACAAACUGGCUCGGGUGCUCACCAAAAUUUACCCGUGAAGACAGAGAGGAAUGUGCCCGCUCACCAAAAUUUACCCGUGAAGACAGAGAGGAACGUGCGUUCAAAAAAAAAGACAAAGAGGAACGUGCCCGCUCACCAAAAUUCACCCAUGAAGACAGAGAGGAACGUGCCUGCUCACCAAAAUUUACCCGUGAAGACAGAGAGGAACGUGCGCGGUCAUCAACAAACUGGCUCGGGUCCAACCCAUGUUUCCCCACAUGGACCAGCCCUCGCUCACCAAAAUUUACCCGUGAAGACAAAGAGGAACGUGCCCGGUCAUCAACAAACUGGCUCGGGUCCAACCCAUGUUUCCCCACAUGGACCAGCCCUGCCUUUCCAACAUAAUGGAUUAUUUUAUUUUGUUCCCCUACUUGGACCAGCCCCGCCUCUCCAACACACUGGAGCUAAUAUACAAGGCCAUAAAGGAUCUCAUCAUCCGCUACGUUAUGCUGACCGCAGGCACUCAAACUCCUGUGACAGACGAAAUAGCAAGGACUUGAGUCAUGGGCAAUUGUAUGCUGCACCAAAUGAUGGUCUUGUGGCGGCUGAACAGAGUUCCAGGCGGAAUGUUCGGGGUGGUCGGAAAUGGGUGCGCCGUAAGCGUCAGCAGUCAGAUGGGAAUCAGAAUGGACCUGAACAUGCAGUUGACACAGCCAAAGUAGCAGGUGAGGGUGGUGGAUCCAAUCGUGAACAUGCAUACAAUCUGCACAUGCGUAGACCUCCACCUACAGUCCAAGCCACCACCGAAGUACAAGGUGACAGUAACUCUCAUCAGGGUGGCGGCAAUUCAUAUGACGAGCCCAACCAUAAUCAGAAUCAGAAUCAGACCGAAGCGUGGGUUCCCCGGGAAAGUCAGGGCAGCGGCGGUGACGGCAGUGGGAAACCUCUUCGUAAAGGGAUUAGACGUCGGAGAAGAAGGUAAACAGCGUUGGAACAGGUAUACCUGCUCAGGAAAGCUAAGAGGCAAGACCUGGUUUCUUCGUUAGUUAGCCAAUUUGGUGCACCCCUGCAGUGCUGGAUCGAGCCAUUUCUGGGCAGUGGUCGGCUCUCCCGACAACAGGGUGGUGCAAUAGUUGUGAUCUUAGGUCUUUAAUUUGUUCAUUUCUGUUGUGCCAUGAUCUUGUUAUGUUUUUUGGUCCCUAACAUUUUGGUCCCUAACAUUUUGUCUUUCCAAUUCUUUUAUAUUGUACCUGAACUAAUUGUCAUUAGAGUUCCUUUCACCAU